GCUAUGGUCAUGCGGGAUAAAGGCGCCGAUCUAGUUGUCUUAGAUUGAAACUACAUGAAAAUAUAACAUUUUUGUAACAUGGCGAAAAAUAAUACGCAGGUCGAAGGUACAAAUCUUGGACAAUAUGAGCAACUUCUAGAGCUUUCAAAGCAGUCGUUGGUGUUGAAUAACAACGAAACUGAGUGUAACCUUUGUGCUAAGAUGACCGCACCAGCAAAAGGAAUAGUUCUUGCGAACUGUCUUCACACCUAUUGUAGGACGUGUAUAAGACAAUCGUUGCUUCAAGCGACUUCCGAACGCUGCCCUUAUCCUCAUGGUCGUUAUGAGUGCGAUGGUGUUUUAUCGGAUCAAGAAAUUAAAUCGCUUUUGAGUUCUGAAGAGGAAAAGUGCUUUCUAGAGCGUGUUUUUGGAGCAAUGCAAAUUGAUACUGUAGAACCAUCAAAGGCAAUAGAUGCUGAAGAUUUUGAUCUUUUGGUAACUCUUUCGGAUGCAUCAAUUGUUCCCAACUUACAAUCUUUCGAAUGUCCCAUUUGUUUUGAAUUAUUUAAAGCCUACGAAGGCGUUAUUUUACGUGAAUGUUUCCAUAAAUUUUGCAAACAAUGUUUGCAGAAUUCUAUAGUAUUCUCAGAAGACGUUGAAGUCCGAUGUCCAUUUCAAGAAAAUGGUAAUGCGUGCGAAAAUGUUAUUGAACAUCGUGAAAUAAAAAGCUUGCUCGACGAGCGCAACUACGAUAUCUUUUUGAAUCGAUCGUUAAAACAAGCGGAAAGUUUGGCUGAAAAUGCUUUUCAUUGCAAAACCCCGGACUGUAAUGGAUGGUGUCUCGUAGAGACUACUGCGUCCGCCUUCCAAUGCUCAAUAUGUAGGGCAACUAAUUGCUUGCGUUGUAAGGCUAUACAUUCAAACAUGAACUGCGAGGACUACCAGGACGUGUUGAGCGGUAACUACGAAAACCGGAGAUCAGAAAGAACCUUGCAAAGCCUGGUGGAAACUGGCGAGGCAAUGCAUUGUCCCAAUUGCCGAAUGAUAAUUACAAAGAUCACAGGCUGCGAUUUCUUGACUUGUAGUAUGUGUAAAACAGGAAUCUGUUGGGCAACGCGAGGCUUUCGCUGGGGACCACUAGGUUGUGGCUGUGGAAAAGAUGGUCGAAAAUGUCAUCCAAGUUGUACUAAUUGUCACUAGUUUGAUGUGCAAGUGCAGAAAUGCAAAAUAACUGUUCCAUCAACGUUUUGUGGUUGCUCACAAACUAAACUGAACUCAUAAUAAUAGAUUAUUAAUACUUUCUAGGCAUA